CUGAUGAAACUGCUGACGUUUAUUUUUCUAAACGAAAUAGUAGAAAAAAGGUCUCGUUUACAGAACAAAUAAGAAAAAUUUGUUCUGGUAAUUUUUUUUUUUUGUGAAAAACAGUGGCAAAGACAAUAUAUAAAAAUUUUGUAGUUUGAUUUCUAAUGUCAAUGAAAUAUACUUUUUCCAUUGCUUUUGUUAUAACGGUGACAAUUGCUUUGUCAAAUCCUGCAAAAAUAAUCACAAUCUCACGUAUUGGAUAUCAUCUUACGCGUAGGAGACCUGACUUUAUUUCAACGCAGUACAAGCGUUUGGAAUUUUGAAAAGUAAUUUUUAUAUAGAAUAUGGCUAGUCCAAGGACAAGACGUAUACUGCAAGAACUUAAACCGCAAGAUGAUAAUUCAAAAUGUUUCGAAUGUGGCACUCAUAAUCCGCAGUGGGUUUCGGUGACCUAUGGGAUAUGGAUAUGUUUGGAAUGCUCAGGGAAACAUCGCGGCCUGGGCGUGCAUUUAUCAUUUGUACGUUCAGUUACUAUGGACAAUUGGAAAGAUAUUGAAUUGGAAAAAAUGAAAGUAGGUGGUAACCGCAAUGCUCGAGAAUUUCUUGAGCAACGAGAAGACUGGAAUGACAGAUUGCCGAUUAAUCAAAAAUAUAAUACGAAAGCAGCCGCUUUGUAUCGCGACAAGAUAGCAACAUUAGCACAGGGAAAGUCCUGGGAUAUAAAUGAAGCGUCGACACGUUUAACUUCAACAGGGGGAGGUCAAUAUUCAAGCAUGACUGGCGCAAUGACUAAUACAACAAACAAUGCUAUGUCACAUUCAAGGAAUAGCGGCAACUAUCAACAAUCGUCAAAUAUGAGUAGCUAUCAAAACGGUGGCAACGUGAACAAUGCUGAUCUUAACUAUCAGCAAUAUAAUAGCCAAGAAUUUAAGGAUCAGAAAGAGGAGUUUUUCGCUAAACGCCAACUAGAAAAUGCCUCAAGACCUGAUAACCUGCCCCCUAAUCAGGGCGGGAAAUAUUCUGGUUUUGGGUAUACACGCGAGCCACCACCAAAAACUCAGUCUCAAGAGCUAAUCGAUUCUACUUUAUCAUCAUUAGCAUCGGGUUGGAGUUUAUUUUCGGCUGGCGCCUCCAAAAUUGCUGUCACAGCCAAAGAGAGAGCCGUUACUACCGUUAAUUUAGCUUCUUCAAAGAUUAAAGAAGGGGGUUUAUUAGAAUCGGUUCAACAGCAAGUCGCUGAUGUAGCUUUUAAGGUUUCCGAUAUUGGUAAGCGGGGAUGGAAUAAUUUGGCCGGUUAUAAUUAUACAUCGCCUAAUAAUAACAAUACCGCUGGUAAUUAUGGCUUCAACGUAGACAAUACAACUUAUCAACGUUCGCAUUCAGUGGGUGGCAAUUUAACCAAUAGUAACGACAAUGAUUGGCAUUGGCAGGAUAAUAAUCAGAAAACUCAAUUAACUUCAUCGAAAUCGUAUCAGAAUCAGUUGAGCAGUGACACCACUGCGUUAAAUGACGAUAUUAAAGAUGACGAUUGGUCUGGAUUUGAUAUUACCACACAUACUAAUGCGGACUAUCAAAAUUCCAUGACAUCGUAUCAGAAUUCCACAACAACAGCAGCACCAUUAGCAAUAAAUCGAACUAUGCGUUUGCAUAAUACGACGCAAAAGCUAAGCGAAGGCUUCGAAAGUCUCGAUGUAAAAAAUACUAAGCCUUCUACGAAUAAGCCGUCAGCUGAAGAGGAUGCUUGGAAUUUAUUAAUGAAUUGAAAUUGAAAUUGAAAAAAGCAUACUUAUAUUAAU